CGGACGCCGUUGCUUCGAUUUCGGAAGAUCAAUUUAUCUCAAAGCGCUACCCUCAGCAAUUUGACCAGGUUCAAUCUCUACGGGCGUAGCAUGGCGACGCUUAUGAAUCCCGUCAGGGACCCAAAUACCCUGUCCAACUAUAACAACUGGCUUUGCACUCAUACUACUGCCAACUUCGAGAUCUUUUUUGAGGAAAAGAAACUCGUAGGGAACGUCGUCCACAAGCUCAGAUCAAUAACGAACGCUGAGACGGACGAGAUCAUCCUCGACUCUCAUCAUGUGGACAUACGCAAUGUCCAGGUGGCGGGCUUGCCUGUGAAAGCGUGGGAACUUCUCCCUCCCUUGGGCCCUUAUGGCACGGCUCUGAAAAUCAAACUUGAAAAUCCCGUGGGACUCAACGAGAUAAUCGAUGUUGAUAUCGCUGUGCAGACCACUAAGGAGUGCACUGCACUCCAAUGGCUGACUCCAGCUCAAACGUCGAACAAGAAACAUCCAUACAUGUUUUCUCAAUGCCAGGCUAUCCAUGCACGGUCAAUCUUCCCGUGUCAAGACACGCCCGAUGUCAAGUGCACUUUCGAUUUCAACAUUACUUCCCCUCUGCCUGUAAUUGCCAGCGGGCUACCUGUUCGCAGUACCUCGACUGUCCCCCAGUCUGGCGUAAAAACCCUCCACCGAUUUCACCAAAAAGUGCCCAUUCCGAGCUACUUGUUUGCUCUCGCUAGCGGUGAUAUCGCGGAAGCUGCUAUCGGACCUAGAAGCGUCGUUGCAACUAGUCCCGAUAAGCUUGAGGAAUGCAAGUGGGAGCUCGAGGCUGAUACAGAGAGGUUUAUCAAGACGAUAGAGGAAAUCAUUUAUCCUUAUGCAUGGGGUGAGUACAACGUUUUGAUCCUUCCACCCAGCUUCCCGUAUGGCGGCAUGGAGAACCCGGUCUUUACUUUCGCAACGCCUAGCAUAAUCUCAAAGGACCGAGAGAAUGUCGAUGUUAUUGCGCAUGAGUUGGCGCAUAGUUGGAGCGGCAAUCUUGUCACUAGUGCCUCGUGGGAACAUUUCUGGCUUAAUGAAGGUUGGACAGUGUAUCUCGAGAGACGGAUUUUAGCUUCGCUACACGGCGAGAAAUACCGUCACUUUUCGGCCAUUAUAGGCUGGAAAGCUCUAAGGGAUUCUGUAGAGCACUACAGCCAUGACCAUGAGUUCACAAAAUUAGUACCAAACCUCAAAGGCGAGGACCCUGAUGACGCCUUUUCUACCAUACCAUACGAGAAAGGAUUCAACUUCCUGUUCCAUCUGGAAAACCUUGUCGGGAAGGAAAAAUUCGACCGCUUCAUCCCCCAUUACUUUACUACAUUUAAAGGGAAGUCGUUGGACUCUUACGACUUCAAAGCUACUCUUUUAGAUUUCUUCAAAUCUGAUGCUGAAGCCUCCCGACUGUUGCAGGAGCUGGAUUGGGAUUCCUGGUUCUACAAGCCUGGCCUGCCUCCUAAACCAGAAUUUGACACCUCGCUGGCUGAUGUUGUGUAUGAGCUGGCGGGCAAGUGGAGAUCCCUUCCCGAAUCUCCAUUUCAGCCUCAGCCGAGCGACAUUCAGGGUUUGACGGCAAAUCAAAUAGUGGUCUUUCUGGAACAGAUCCUGCUUUUUGAGCGGCCACUUACCGCCGAACUCUCUAAACUUAUGGGUGAAGUCUACGGACUUACUGGGAGUGAGAACAUUGAGGUUGCCAAUCUCUACCUUCAGGUUGGCCUCAAGGCUGCCGAUAAGAGUGUCAUCGGGCCGACCACAGAUCUGCUGGGAAGGAUUGGAAGGAUGAAAUUCGUGCGGCCUCUGUACCGGGCUCUACAGAAGGUUGACCGCCAGGUGGCGAUCGAUACCUUCGAAAAGCACAAGGAUUUCUACCACCCCAUAUGUAGGGGUAUGGUCGAGAAAGAUCUCUUCGGUAAGAAAGAUGCAUGAGAUGCGUAGCUCAAGUCAUUUGCGGGCCACAGGCAUAGCUGCUCUUGCUCACCUUUGGUUUAGCGAAGGCAAUAAAAGCUUGCAGAAGCAGCGAGUGCAGCUCUUAAGGGCGCAAUGGUAAAUACUUGAG